GAGAUUGAUUCAUAGAGAAAAAAGGAGAAUGCUUCGCGCUAGGGCGUAGUGUUAAAACGCUGCAAACACACUCGUUUUUGCACAAAGAGUAAAGCGAAGAACCGAUUUUAAGCUUCCCCUUUUCUCAUUUACGAACAAUCACUGCACCAACAAGGAAGUGCUGGAGAGUUUGGUGACGGAGGCUUGCUUGUGGAGUAAUUAAACCUGUCUGACAAAGAUUGAUCGUGGUGCUGAUAGACAGACAUUGGAUCUGAAAGUCAAAGAUCUACCUUCAACAUGUCUGGACCAGGCUACCCAUCUCCAAACCAGCCUUCGUAUCCCAUGCCACAGCCGGGCGGACACUCCAUGCCACCCUAUCCAAUGGGAGGCUAUGGAGAUCCUGGGCAACAUGCACCACCAGCAGGAUUCCAAGUAGGGUACCAACCAGUUCCGGAUCAGCCAAUCAUGUAUCAGCCUGGUCCAGUUAGUCCAGGACCUCAGCCGGGUCAAUCAUACGGAGGACCUGCAGCUGUACCUGCACCAAUAGCAGUGCCUGCUGGAGUACCACCGGGUCUGGAGUACCUCACUCAGAUUGACCAGAUCCUUAUUCAUCAGAAAGUGGAGUUGUUGGAGGCAUUCAUUGGCUUCGAGACCAACAACCAGUACGAGAUCAAGAACAGCCUGGGUCAAAAGAUCUACUCCGCCAAAGAGAAAAAUGACUGCUGCACACGCAACUGCUGUGGUGCCCUGCGCAGCUUUGACAUGAAGAUCAAAGACAACAUGGACCGAGAGGUCAUACGACUGAUUCGACCUUAUCGCUGCGUGUCCUGCUGGUGCCCCUGCUGCCUGCAAGAGAUGGAGAUUCAGGCCCCUCCGGGAACCACCAUAGGCUAUGUGAAGCAGGACUGGCACCCCUGUUACCCAAAAUUCUCCAUCCAGGGACCCAACAAGGAGACUGUGAUGAAGCUUGAAGGGCCCUGCAUGGCCUGCAACUGCUGUGGAGAUGUAAACUUUGAGCUUAAAGGCAAGGAUGGCACUGGGAAGCCUAUUGGUCGGAUCUCUAAACAGUGGAGUGGCCUGUUGAAGGAAGUGUUUACCGACGCCGACAACUUUGGUAUUCAGUUCCCUCUGGAUAUGGAUGUUAAGAUGAAGGCUGUACUCAUGGGCACUUGCUUCCUUAUUGAUUUCAUGUUCUUUGAGAAAGUUGGAGACACAAACCAGCGCAACACUGUGUUCUCUUAAAGCUCCUGACACGUUACUCACAAAUCAGCUUAUUUUCUAACUAACCCAUCAUUCUGGAGAAUUUUCAGGUUUGUUUUAUAAACUGAUAAAAUUCCUACGUCCACCAGAUUUUGUUAAUUUUCUACAUUGGCCCCCAAAGCCUAUCAUCAGCUACCACUGCACUGAAACCAGAGUGGUUUGAGGGCCAUUUUAUAUGGUUUGAGGGUCACCUUGAGGGUCAUUUUAUAGUGUUCAUGUGACCAGAAAUGUUUGCGUUGACAAGCAUGAUGUCAUCAUGAAUAACUGUCCACUGGUGCCUUUUACACACUCACUGCCUUCUCAGUACUUACAAACCACUGUUCCAGCAGUACAAGCAGAUGCAUUUGUACACCUUUGUUACUAAAACCGUCGUACACCGUAAGAUGCAACCUUGUGGAUGUUUUUUCUAAACCUCUUGCAUAAAGUACAUAUAUAUAUAUUUUUGUCUUUAUGGAAAUUCUGUUUUAUUGUGGUAAAUGUAUAGCCUUUCGUUACAACAGCCAAAUAUAUGAUGAAGAGGUCACAUAACUAGUUACUGUAUUAAUUUACUGACUCCGGCAACAGCUGAGAGAAGGAAAAUAGCAAGUAGAUUUAUGUUUUGUGUGUGUUUGUAGGCUUAUUUUUGUAUUAAUAGUUUUCUCAGUGAGUGAAGAAAAUAGUGUCCUACAGAGGGCGCUUGAUACAGCACAUAUCUAAAAAAUAUCUAAACCUGAACUUCUAUUGACAAACUAUAUAAAGAAUAUGCAUAUAUGAUCUAUAAUUUUCAAGAGUGAACUUGGGUGACCAGUAAGAGGUAAAUCUAAGAUGCUCCUAAAUAUAUUUGCCUGCUAUUUUAUGCCACAUUUUGACAUUGUAGUCUUGGCUGGUUGUGUAGAAACUAGCAUUGUACCAAAAGGGGAAUAUAUGUAGCCAUGUUUAAAAACAUUUUUGUUUAUUGUCUGUUUAGAUGAUCAAUAGAGAUGCAUGCAUAUAUGUUGUCUUGUUAAUGUGACUGUAUUUAUUUCCAUAAUAGGCAAAACGAGUAGUAACUUUUUACAUAAUAAAUGUGUAAUCUUAUGUCGGUGGUUUGCGAGAUCUAUAUUAUUACUGCAUUUACACUCAGAAAUACAACACAUCUACUUUUCAUUUGAAAGAUUUUACACUCUGGAUUUAUAAUAAAAGUCAUGUCUGGAGUUGAGUUAAAUUUUAAAGUUAAGAAAGUUAUUUUUAUUUAGUCAUUAGAAUGUUUGUAAUUGCAAAACUCCAAAGUACAUUAAAAUUUUAUCCAAACAAA